AUGGACUUCACCAACUACAAGGUAGCGGUGUUCCUCAAGAACGGGAGCAAGUCGACGGGGCUUAUCCACGCGGUGGACCGGUCCCAGAUCACCAUUCUCCCCGAGCAGGGCCGCCAACUCCGGGUCAACAGCGUCGACAUCGCCGACAUCAAGGUGGUGCUGCUCCCGCCCAAAAAGAAGCAUGUCGGCGACCUGCGCAGCUCCACCCCUCGGCGAGGACCCCCGACGAAACUGGUGACGCUGCUGACGCCAGAUCUCCUGCUGGAGUUCGACUUUGAGGCCAACUUGGCCAUGUUCGACAAGCGUCAGGUGUUCGCCGACUUCCAGAAGCGGGACACGGUGGAUCCGAGCCAGCGCCUCGUUGGCCACAACCGCAAGCGUGACGACGCCAAGUACGACAACCGCGAAAUGGUGGUGGACAAUUCCCACGGUGACUCCUGGGACCAAAUCGGCACCCCCACCCCGACCACGAUACCCCCCGCCGCCACGCGGGCGGGACUGACUCUGGGAGCAGGGGGGCUGGUGAAGUUUGUUGGUCCGCAAGGGCUCGAUGUUGCCUGUGCCAGCCCCGUACAAUUGCUCGAAAUUGAGCGGUUGGCGGGCAAUUUUGGCGUCACCCAGGCGCUCAUGGCGGAGACGGUGGCGGUGAACUUGCUGCUGGUGAUCAUCAACAAGAUUUUGGGUGGAGCCACCCGCCUUUCCAACCGCAAUAACCACAAUUUGCCCCCAUUGGUGCUUUUGCUCGUGGGCACCGGUCGCAGCGGGAUGAGAGCGUUUGCCACGGGGCGCCACUUGGCCAACCACGGGGUGAGAGUGCUCGCGUUUGUGUUCCACGGCGACGACGAUGACGCCGAGCUCCAGCAGCAGCAGCGUCGGUUUGAAGGAGCUGGCGGCAAGGUGGUGGUCGCCGAGUGGCAAAAGUUGCUUGAGAUCGUCACCCACCAACUUGAGACCCCCGUCGAGCUUAUCAUUGACGGGCUCCAGGGCUACGACUGUCGCGUUGAGGACGUGUUCUACGAGGAACACCACCUCGAGACGUUACGGGAAAUGGUGAAGUGGUGUCUGGAGCCGGCGCAGCGGACGCGAGUCAUGAGUUUGGACCUUCCUCUGGGUAUCGACGGCGGUCUGGGCACCGCCGGGGAGAUGGUGAUCCGCGGCAAGUGGUGCGUGCUGAUGGGGAUGCCGAUCACGGGGUUGUUGUUGGCAUACCGGGCCCAGGAACUCGACGACGACGUCGUCCACUACUUGAUCGACGAAGGCAUCCCCAACAAGGUGUAUGCGCAAAAGGGCAACUUGCGCAAGUUCGACAAGUACUGGUAUUGUGCCGAGCUGGCGUUUGCAAUUGACGUGCAACGCGCCUAA